CAACAGAUCGGCCACAAUCGGAACUGUCGUGUCGGUCGCCAUCACCGGCACCGGCGGCUACGGCACAACCAUCUACUGGAUCAUCGCAUCAUAAAAAGAACGGGAAAGUUAGCUCCAAAUCUCAACAACAACAACAACAGGAACCUAAUCCAUGUGCCGAACUGUUGAAGUCCCGGUGCAACUGCCAGGAACUCGAACGAGUCGAUUGUCGGCUGGAAAACAAAGAACUAUGGGAUCGGUUUCACGAAUUGGGUACCGAAAUGAUUAUCACCAAAACCGGAAGGCGCAUGUUUCCGACUGUUCGCUGUUCGUUCACUGGUAUAGACUCGGAGGCCCGGUAUGUAGCGCUCAUGGAUAUCGUACCCGUCGAUGUCAAACGCUAUCGUUAUGCCUAUCACCGGAGUUCGUGGCUGGUGGCCGGCAAAGCCGAUGCACCGGCACCUAACCGACUGUACAUACAUCCCGAUGCACCGUUCAGUGGCGAACAACUGCGCAAACAAGUUGUAUCAUUUGAAAAGACAAAACUAACCAACAAUGAAAUGGAUAAGAGUGGACAUAUUGUAUUGAAUUCAAUGCACAAAUAUCAGCCGCGCAUACAUUUAAUUAAACUGAGACCCGAUUAUCAUUAUAACGGCAAUAUACCCGUCAUUAACAACAUAGAGUCGCAACAGUUUCGGACGUUUGUAUUUCCCGAAACACAGUUCAUAGCCGUAACUGCUUAUCAAAAUCAAUUGAUAACCAAAUUAAAGAUCGAUAGCAACCCAUUUGCUAAGGGGUUUCGUGACUCGAGUCGGUUAACUGACCUGGAAAGAGAAUCAGUGGAAACCCUAUUACGAGAGCACGCCUUCCGACACUCGCCAUUGCGGGCACUAAUUGGUGCCGACUUAUCACCGCACGAUCACCAGGCGCUGGUCAACGCUGCAGCAAUGGGACGAAUACCGUGCGGAAACGAUUUCCUAUUGAUGGCCAGUCAGGCAGCACUGGCAGCAGCUUCAUCGUCAUCGUGGAAAUUGCCGACAAACCCGGCCACUGUCGGCCCGGGUCCCGGUCCUGGUGGACAUCCGUUUCUAUUUCCACCUACCGGUUCGCUAAACAAUCUAAACAUUGCCGAACUAUCGGCACUGAUGGCCUCAAAUCCGGCAAUGGCCAGCCUAUAUUUUGGCAAUCUACCCCGAAACUUUAUGAUGAAUCUACCCGGAACAUUUCCAAUGAUGCCCGGUAUACCACCUCCUGUUCCUCAACCACCGCCACCACCACCACCUCCUGCAUCUCAAACACCGACCACACAAUCACCGCAACAUUCCCUAAACAGUUCACCAGUUGGCGGACAACCAUCACAACUAUCACAGUCAUCAUCAUCUGCUGCACCAACACAUACCUCAUCAUCAGUUUUUAUGAGUAACACUAACAACAACAACAACAGUGUAACGACAUCAUCAUCAGCAUCACUGAUGGCUGGUCUGAUGACAAACAAUAGUUUCGCCAAUACUAAUAAUAAUAGCGAAAGCAAUGGACAGCCAGCACCAGGACCUAUGCCACCCAUAUAUCCGACGGGAACUACGGCAUCGGCACUCUAUGCAUCCCGACUUCAAUUAAACAAUUUAUAUCAAAACUAUCAAAAAUUUCAUCCAUAUCUUCAACAACAACAACAACAAAAUAGCCACAGAUUUCUAUCAUCGCUAAGCAAUCACAGCCAGACAAACAUUAUCAUCGGUGGUAACAACAAUGGCAUUAAUGGUGGCCUAAAUUGUGGCCGAAAAUCGGCUGAACUCGACUGUAAUAAUCGUCGAUCGGUAUCUCCUAAUGAAUCUGUAGUUCCUUCAUAA